UUUAAAAGGAAUCAUGUGAAUUUCGUAGAUCUAGAUAUUAACAUUGGUUUAAACAAGGAAAUUACUCUGGCAAUAGAUGCCGAAAGAGUCUCAAUUUAAGUCUAGAUUCUAGAUCUACUAGCGCUAACAGAAUCUAAUCUAAGCAUUGGAAGAUGCAUGCUACAAUCUAGAAGCAGACAUAUUAUAGAGAUCUAGAUCUCGAGGAUCUAGAUCUAGAACUUGACAAUAUGGAUUUAGAUCAUCUUCAUUAAGGACUAUACUAGAACUAUACUGGACAGGAACAGUUCCUGUGAAUACUAGUAACUUUAUUGGAUGCCAAUGUUUCCUCUGAUAGACUCGGAGCAUUUUAUUGACAAGAAAAUAUAAAAAUCUUUUUUUUUUCAAACAAAUACAAAACUGUUUCUACAAAGAGAGUAAUUUUUAAAAAUAUCCAACACUGCCGUGAGUAUGGCGAAGAAGCCACAGGAAAGUCAAAAGUCGAUCUUUUGAAACAUCAGAAAUACAUUUCAGUUACUAUUAAGAAGAAAAUGGAAUCUUCAACUCAAAUGUGAAAUCAGUUCUUUUGAAUGGUGCAGAGAGUUACAAAAUACAAAACAGACAAGGUCCAGACAUUCACUAAUAAAUGCAAAUCAAUAGAAACGCAAAUGGAGUAGAAUUAUGCAUACAUUGUCAGAACCAACAGAAAGUAUUGCAAAACAGACAGGAAGAGGAAAGCAAACAGGGAAGAGAUCAGUAGACUAGAGACACUGCAGGAAAUAGCCCAGAAUAGAAUUCGAUGGCGAAGUUAUGCUGUGUCCCUAAGCUCCACUGGAAGACUGAAAGUACUACUGUGUCACUAAGCUCCACUGGAAGACUGAUAGUACUACUGUGUCACUAAACUGUACUACUGUGUCACUAAGCUCCACUGGAAGACUGAUAGUACUACUGUGUCACUAAGCUCCACUGGAAGACUGAUAGUACUACUGUGUCACUAAGCUCCACUGGAAGACUGAUAGUACUACUGUGUCACUAAGCUCCACUGGAAGACUGAUAGUACUACUGUGUCACUAAGCUCCACUGGAAGACUGAUAGUACUACUGUGUCACUAAGCUCCACUGGAAGACUGAUAGUACUACUGUGUCACUAAGCUCCACUGGAAGACAAAAGGACUAAUUGUUGAACGUGAAGAUCUUCAAAGCUCUCUUGAACUUGUCAAUGUUAAUGAUGCCCGAAGCCCGGGAGAAGACAGUUAUUAAGAGUGGUCAAACUCAGAGCUUUAAGAUGACGUCAUGUGAGUUACUUGAUCAGUCAGAUUGUCCAGUCUUUUCACAGAAUGACGUUUAUCAAGGACAGAGUCCUCCAAGACAAGGAGCUAAGCGAAUCUCUCAAGUCGGGAUGAAACUCAAACAAUGUUGUCUCCAGACUUUUACUCUUCAGAAUUUUCUGAACAAGUUUCCCAUCAUACAUUGGUUACCAAAAUAUAGAUGCGACACAUUUCAGAGUGACCUAAUAGCUGGACUCACUGUUGGUCUGACUGUUAUUCCACAAGGUUUGGCGUAUGCCCAGGUUGCAGAUCUUCCAGCUCAGUUCGGUUUGUAUUCGGCUUUUAUCGGCUGUUUCAUCUACGCUUUGAUGGGGACCUCCAAAGACAUUACGCUGGGUCCGACAGCCAUCUUGUCUUUAAUGACAGCAACCUUCGCCACUAGAGUGUCUCCGGUACUUCCAUCAGGAGAAAAGGACACGACCAUCGCCCUUCUGAUGACCUUCAUGUGUGGAAUCUUCCAGUUCAUUCUUGGAGUUCUAAAACUUGGAAUUCUCGUCAAUUUUAUUUCAUAUCCAGUAAUUAACGCAUUCACAACUGCGGCAGCAAUCACAAUAGGCUUUGGUCAAGUCAAGAACAUCCUUGGACUAGACGACAUCCCAGAUGACUUUAUUGAUAUGGUGUACCUGACGUUCAAGAAACUUCCAGAAACAAGAAUUUGGGACAUGACCAUGGGACUAAUUAGCUUUGUCCUAGUGACCUUACUAAAGAUAAUCAGAGACCUGAAGUGGGUGAAAGCCAGAGAUCCAGAGAAUCAAGUCUCAAUCUUCCAUCUCAUUUUACGCAAAUGUCUCUGGAUUAUUGGAACAGCUAGCAAUGCCAUCGUUGUCAUAUCUGCGUCUGGUGUGGUCGCCAUCUUGGAGUACAGAGGUAUGACAGACUAUAUCCGAGUGACUGGACACAUCAAACCUGGUCUGCCUGAGUUUACUCUGCCCAGAUUUCAAGUGGAUACGGGCAACGUGACCUUAUCAACAGGCCAGAUUUUCUCAAAUCUUGGCGCUGGAUUGGUCAUCGUUCCGCUGUUAUCUUUAGUUGAAGCCAUGGCAGUAGGAAAAGCAUUUGCUCGAGUAAAUAAUUACAAAAUUGAUCCGUCUCAGGAGUUUUUAGCCAUUGGCGUUUCCAACAUUGUGAGUGCAUUCUUCCAGUCGUACCCAGUGACAGGAAGUUUCUCCAGAACGGCUGUAAACUCACAAAGCGGUGUUCGCACACCAAUGGGUGGCGUGUGGACGGGUGGACUGGUCAUCCUCGCCCUGUGUGUUCUGACCCCAUGGUUUUACUACAUUCCCAAGUCUGCCCUUGCAGCCGUCAUCAUCUCAGCCGUGAUACCAAUGGUAGAGUACCACACAGUGAUAGAGCUCUGGAGGGCAAAUAGUAAGUCUUUACCAAUGAUAGAAUACCUCACAGUCAUAGAGCUCUGGAGGGCAAAUAGUAAGUCUUUACCAAUGAUAGAAUACCUCACAGUCAUAGAGCUCUGGAGGGCAAAUAGUAAGUCUUUACCAAUGAUAGAAUACCUCACAGUGAUAGAGCUCUGGAGGGCUAAUAAGUUUGAUCUGGUUCCCUACUUCAUCACUUUCAUCUGCUCAUUACUUGUUGGGAUAGAGUACGGCAUUCUGAUUGGUGUUGGUAUAUCUCUGGUUAUGAUACUUUAUCCCACGGCUCGACCAAAGAUUGAGUACACCUACAGACCUGGCGUUGUCAUCGUGACCCCAACACAAGGUCUUAACUUCCCAGCAGCGGAGUACAUGGAGUCAAGGGCUUUAGAGAAAAGUUUGAACGGUGAUGAUGCCCCCAGACACAUUGUUUUGAACAUGGAACACAUGACUGACCUGGACUACACGGCCAUUCAGUCCCUCAAAACAUUACAAGUGGACUGUGGUCUGCACAAUGUCAUGUUGGUUUUAACCAAUGGUCAGUCACGUGUCACUGAGCGCAUCCAAUCAGCAAACUUAAAGAAUGUCUCCAUGUUCGAAACAAUCUCAGAAGCUUUAACGAAGCUGGAAACUUCAGAAGAAGACGCCGCCCUUACCUCUGUAGCUUGUAAAGAAGAAGAUUGUCGAUUAUAACCUCAUUUGUAUUGAAGCAAUCUAGGACCUGUUUUAAAUACGUUUUAGAACUGAUAUUAUUUAUUUGAAAAAAAAAAAAAAUGAAACUCAACCACAAUAAAUUU